AUGAAAGAAGCUUUACUGCCUGCUUCGACACCAUCUUUGAGUACACUGGCAUGGAACUUCUUUGUCAUGGGCACCACCGCUUUUGGAGGUCCGCCAGUUCACAUUGGCAUGUUCCGAUCCCGCUUCGUGGAGAAGUACGGGUGGCUUUCAAGCGAGCGCUUCGCGGAGCUUUUUGCCAUGGCCAACUGUCUCCCAGGGCCCUCGAGCACGCAGGUGGCCUAUGCCAUCGGUAUCACGCAAGGAGGCGUUCUGGGCGGGUUGAUUGCUGGAUUUUGCUUCGUCAUACCUGGCGCGAUCUUUCUCUCACUGCUGGGAUUCGUGUCCCAAACAUUGUCGAAGCAGAUUGAAGAACCCGCCUCACCAGCGAAUGCGGUGGCGAUUGCGUGUAGUGCUGUUGGAGUUGCGCUGGUUUUUGUGGCGAUCACCGGUCUCAUCAAGAAGCAGGUCUUCGAAGCUGGGAACCAGGUCGUGUUGGGUGCAAUCUGCUUCUUCACUGGAGCCAUCUGCUUGCUUGUGCACCCAGCUCCAGCUUGGCUGAACCCAACUUUGAUCUUUGUGGGCGGCCUUACAACCAUCAUGCAUCCUGCCUCGCCAGACUCUGAAGUGAAGCACGCCCAGGACACUGGAAAGUCAGGCAUGCCCGUAGCCCUGGCUGUGGGCAUCUUCCUGCUGUAUCUUGCUGUGGCUGCCUUUACUCUAUGGAGAGACACCUUCGAUCAUGGAUGGGUUAUGCCGUUCUUGACCGCAGGCAUGUUUGUAUGGGGCGGAGGGCCCGUGGUUCUGCCCAUGUUGAUGACCUUCCUUACACCGAGCUGGAUUUCGCCCACGAUUUUCUUGGCCGGAAUCUCCUUCGCCGAAAUGAUGCCUGGCCCUGUGUUCAACAUCUCCUGUUUCCUCGGCAUUCAACUGGCUCUGAACAGCGGAGUCUAUUGGCUGUGGGGCAUCCUCCUGUGCUGGGCAGGCCUCAUGGGACCAGGAGUUACCUUGAUCUUUGGUGCUUACACACUCUGGGACGAACUCCGCAAGCAGCGCCUGUACCAGCACGCUCUGCCAGGCCUCAAUGCAGCGGCUGUUGGGCUGCUUUUGCCCACCAUGUUUGUGGUCUACGAUACCUUGCAGGAGCGGAGCCCGUGGCAGUCGGGAAGCCGGGCCCUGGUGGUCCUCGCCUACUACUUCAUCGAGCUGGUGAAGGUGAAUGUCCCUUUGGUGGUGGUCGCAAGUGGCCUCGUCGGACUGGCCUGGUCUCUGUAUGUCGCGCACUGA